GGCUGGCCUCGGGGCCGCGGGGGUGGGGGGAACCCCCGGAGCGUCACCCAUUGCGAAACACCCCUAAACGUUAUUGACCCCUAGAAUUUAGAGGGGAGUACCCCAGAACCCAUCAUCCAGAGAAAGGGAAUGCCCUCGGAGAGAGACGGGUCCUGGCCCGCCCCUUCGCACCAGUUGGAGAGAGCUCCCACCCGGGGAGUCUCCAGUUUGUCCUUCCAGGCUGCUCGGCGGCUUCACUGGCGUCUUCACAGACUCAGGCCUCCCGUAAGAGGCCAGCAAAGGAUUCGCACUGCCUCUCAAGGCCGGCAUCUAUCUCAGAAGCUUAGGCCCUGCCCCGUUACUCUGAGCAGGGUGGAAGACCCACGUUCCGGAGAUAAUCUGUUCUGGGAAACCUGGGCCUGUGGGUCCCAACUGGCUCUCUGGCCUCUGUGCUGUGUUGUGCCUCAGGGUCACAGGCGGUGGGAUUCUAGGCACUCCAGGGGUUAAUAACUAAUUAUAUAAGACAGAAGAGAAAGAUGUCAUUCCGUAAAGUAAAUAUUAUCAUCCUGGUCCUGGCUGUUGCUCUCUUCUUACUGGUUUUGCACCAUAACUUCCUCGGCCUGAGCAGUUUGCUGAGGAACGAGGUUUCAGAUUCAGGAAUUGUGGGGCUUCAGCCUGUAGACUUUGUCCCAAAUGCUCCCCAACACGCGGUAGACGGGAGACAAGAGGAGAUUCCUGUGGUCAUUGCUGCAUCUGAAGAUAGGCUUGGGGGGGCCAUUGCAGCCAUAAACAGCAUUCAGCACAACACUCGCUCCAAUGUGAUUUUCUACAUUGUUACACUCAACGGUACAGCAGACCAUCUCCGGUCCUGGCUCAGCAGCAGUACCCUGAAAAGCAUCAGGUACAAAAUUGUGAAUUUUGACACUAAACUUUUGGAAGGGAAAGUAAAGGAGGAUCCUGACCAGGGGGAAUCCAUGAAACCAUUAACCUUUGCAAGGUUCUACUUGCCAAUUCUGGUUCCCAGCGCAAAGAAGGCCAUAUAUAUGGACGAUGAUGUAAUUGUGCAAGGUGAUAUUCUUGCCCUGUACAAUACACCACUGAAGCCGGGACAUGCAGCUGCAUUUUCAGAAGAUUGUGAUUCAUCCUCUACUAAAGUUGUCAUCCGUGGAGCAGGGAACCAGUACAAUUACAUUGGAUAUCUUGACUAUAAAAAGGAAAGAAUUCGUAAGCUUUCCAUGAAAGCCAGCACCUGCUCAUUUAAUCCUGGAGUUUUUGUUGCAAACUUGACAGAAUGGAAAAGACAGAAUAUAACUAACCAGCUGGAAAAAUGGAUGAAACUCAAUGUAGAAGAAGGGCUGUACAGUAGAACACUGGCUGGCAGCAUCACAACACCACCUCUGCUGAUCGUAUUUUAUCAACAGCACUCCACCAUCGACCCUAUGUGGAAUGUUCGCCACCUUGGUUCCAGUGCUGGAAAACGAUAUUCACCCCAGUUUGUUAAGGCUGCCAAGCUACUCCACUGGAAUGGGCACUUUAAGCCAUGGGGAAGAACUGCUUCAUAUACUGAUGUCUGGGAAAAAUGGUAUAUUCCGGACCCAACAGGCAAAUUCAGCCUAAUCCGAAGACAUGUGGAGAUCUCAAAUAUAAAGUAAAUAAGUAUGCUAUAAGCAUUUCUCAGGAAAUCCUGGAAGAAAGUAUGUGUGGGAAGUAACACUUGCUAGGUUUCAAUGCCUGUUUGCAGCAACAAAGGGACAAGGGACAUUUCAGCUGGGUAAAGAGGACAAACUGCCCCAUCUGGCAGUCAGCUUCCCAGACAGACUAUAAAUAUGCCUCCAUCUGCCUUACCAAGAGUUUGCUUACUGACAGUGCUGAACGACCAGAGGUGAAUGGACUUAAGAUACGGCUGGUACAGCUAGUUCAACACUGCUGCUUGGUUUUAAUUUUGUGACCUGUGGCCGAAUCUGUAAAUAAAGUAAAAACUACAUUUUUCAAUAAGA